CAUGCUGGGCCCUGUAGUCCAGCUGGGUGCAGGGAGGGCGAUGCUGCGGCUGCUCCGUGGGUCGAACCGCCGGACGGCGGGGGGCACUGGCAAUGCAGGCCCCCCCCUCCCCACUGCGCACGGGGGCCCCGCCCCGUGCCAGCCCCGAGGCGACCGGGCCUCCCUGCACCGGGCUGGUUGUGCUCUCCCACCCCAGCCCUGAGCAGCUGGGGGGCCCAGCCCCACGUGGUGGAUCUGCGCAGCGACACGGUGACCAGGCCCAGCAUGGCAAUGAGACAGGCUAUGGCCCAGGCCGAGGUGGGGGAUGACGACUAUGGGGAGGACCCAACGAUCAAUGAGCUCCAGCGCUUGGCCGCCCAGCUCCUAGGAAUGGAGGAGGCUUUGUUUGUGCCAACGUCGACCAUGGCAAACCUCAUUUCUGUGAUGUGCCACUGCCAGCGCCGGGGGGCUCAGCUGCUCGUCGGGAGGGAGGCCCAUCUGCACGUCUUCGAACAGGGAGGGGUUGCACAGGUAGCUGGGGUCCAUUCUCAGGUGCUACAGGAUCUUCCAGAUGGCACCUUGGAUCUCAACGAGCUGGAGUCGAGAGUCCGUGUGGGCUAUGGCAGCCGGUACCACCCUCGCUCAGUGCUCAUCUGCCUGGAGAACACCCACAGCUCUGCAGGGGGCCGGGUGCUCCCCCUUGCCUACCUCAGGGAGGUGCGUCUGCUUGCUGACCGCUACCGGCUGCGCGUCCACAUGGACGGGGCACGGCUGAUGAAUGCGGCUGUGGCCCAAGGCGUCAGCCCGGCUCAGAUCACCCAGCACUGUGACUCCGUCUCCCUCUGCUUCUCCAAGGGGCUGGGUGCCCCAGCCGGGGCGCUGGUUGCUGGGUGCAGAGAGUUCGUGGCAGAGGCCUGGCGCAUACGAAAGCUGCUUGGUGGAGGGAUGCGCCAGGCUGGAGUGCUGGCGGCAGCUGCCCGCAUAGGGCUGGAGCGCAUGGAGGAGACACUGCAGAGAGACCACCGCAACGCCCGCCGCUUUGCCCAAGGCAUCUGGGAGCUUGGCUCGCCCAUCUGCUCCGUCGACCCCUCAGCUGUGGAGACCAACAUGGUGCUGGUGACGGUGGCUGUGCCCUGGCUGUCCCCUGAGAAGCUGUGUGAGCGCAUGCAGGCGGUGAGCGAGGAGGAGGUGGCUGAGACGGGGCGUGCUGUCAGUGUGCGGCUGUUCCCAUGGGCUGCGCGCUCCCUGCGUGCUGUCUGGCACUGUGACGUCUCCGCACAGGACACCCAGCUGGCAGCCAACAAGCUGAAAUUUGUGGCCGAGCAGUGCUGGCGGGAGCGAGGUACUGCACCCUAGGGCAGGCAGGAGGGUGCGCCCAGGGCAGACAGGAGAGUUCUCCUGCCUCUGCUGCUGGCUUUCCUUUGGAGCCCAGGGCUGCCAAACCAGGAGCGAACAUAGCAGCGCCAGCCGGGAGGCCCACCCUGCCCAGCCCUCUGCAUGCCAGCGCAGCAGGAUGCCGCUGGCUGGCCCAGGCCCAGGCCCAGGCCCAGCAGGAUGGCCCACACAGGAACCUGGUCAGCUCCAGCCACAGUGCAGCAGAGGCAGGCCCAGCGCUGCCUGGGGAAGCACAGGGGUUCCCACCCCCUCUCCAGGAUGGAGCCAGCCGGGGCCAUGGCAGUUGGGAGUUACAUGGGCGUGGCCCUUGUAGCUGCAUUGCCCAGCCCAAUGACUGAGCCAUGCCGGGCUGCACUGCCUCGAGCCUGCUGCUCGCCUGUCUACACCACCAGCCUGGCCAGAAGCUGCUCAUGGCUCCAAACACUCCUGUGGACGCAGUGCUGCUGCCAGCUGAAUCAGGGCCUUGGCCCCUCUUCCCACAGUGCCUCUAGUUAUCCCACAAUCGAGUGUGACAACUUCCCAGGGUGCAGCGGGCCUGGGGGCAAGACCAGGAGCAGCGGGAUUCCUGCACACAGGGAUGUGUGCUAUGGUCCAUGCACACAGGGCAGCGUGACCCAACUGCUCUCGGGUUCAAGGGACUGUGGGAGGAUCUAUACCCUGGAGUCUGUUGUGAGGAUGCAGGGCUGGAAGUGCUGGUGCAGCCUGCUGAGCUCCGUGCCGUUGCUGGCCCAGCAGGUUUGCACCUGUUGGUUGCUGGAGCUGACAGCUUCCUUCAGGCACUCGAUCCCGUUGUGCCUCCUGGCCGCACGUGACCCCAUGCCCCCAGAUCGGCGCAGGCUGCCCGUGGGCUCCGGGCAGUUGGUUAUGACCCACAAAGCCCUAAAUGGCCUGCCUGAGGGAUUGACCAUGCCCAUGCUGUGCUAGGGGAGAGGGUGGCUGGCAGGGCAUUCCCCAGACAGGUAUGGAGCCCCUGGCACUUGCUUUGGAGUAGCCCGCCUUGGGGGCAUGCGGGACAGGCUGAAGGGGGCUGGGCUGGAGCAGCCCAUGAUGGAGAGUCUGCAGUUCCUGGUUGAAAGCUCCUGUUCCUGCUGCUGGGCUGCCUGGAGCCUUGCAGAGGCUGCUCUGCUUCCCUGCGGCUAAAUAAAGAACAAGCUCCUG